AUGAUAAACAGUGUAUUCUCUGCUUACAGUAUAUAUACAGGUCGCUGUAAGAACUUAGUAAAUAUACCUGAUGCUUAUCAUGGACUACUCUUCUCCAUCCUGUUUUCGGAAGAUCGUUGUAUUUUUCUCGAAGACGACAGAUGGCACACAAAUCUUACGAAAAUCAGAGAAACCUUUCAACUUACAGAAGAAAAAAGAACAAUUGCUGAGGACAUUGUUGUCAUCAAUGAAAUAGUCGACAAAAAGAAUAUACUCACGAAGUCUGGCAGCACCAUUUCAUUUAAAACGUAUGAUGAAGAUGGACCAAGUGAUGCGGAUGAUCUUGUUAUGAUUGAAUUCACCAUGAGAUCUCUAAGAAAACUGGAGGAUUAUGAAUCCUUAUUAUCGCUAGGAACAAAAGCUCUUGUUUAUAAUUAUUGUGUAUUUUGGGAUAAUUUAUUCCUUGGAGAUUAUGUGUACAUUCCUGAAGAAUUAAAUGAGAUGUUGAUAUUUAAACUUGGUUUUUGUGCAAUUGAAUACUUCAGCACCGGGGAGAUAGACAAUGAUGAUGACUUAAAUAUGCACUAUUUAUCGAUAUAUGACGGGCAGAGAGAUCUGGUGAACAGAGUGUCAGAGACAUCUGAAUCAGUGCUUAAAUUGUGUGAAGAUCAGUUCGAAGAAAAUGUACAAGAAAUUACAGAUCAUGGACGAAAAUUACCAUACAUAGACAAGAAUGUUGAUAUUCUUUUAGCCAUUUUAUUGGCGGAUGGGUAUCGUAUUCCAUUAAAACAUUCAUGGAAAGAAAACAUUCACCGUAUUAAAGAUAUAUUCCAUGUUCAAGUAGGAGAUGGACAUACUUGUGUACAUGAAGCAAACAUUCAUGAUAUUGUAUUACAGAAUGAAAUGCUAAAAAUUUCUGAAAAUUCAAUUUGUUUUCGAUCUGAAAACAUUCGCCAUUAUGUCAUGAGCUUUUUUGUCUUCCAUUUUCUGAAAACUGAUGAUGACUACGAAAAGUAUAUAAAUCACUCAUCAGUGGAUUCCUUGUUUGAAUAUGUUCGAACAUGGUGGUACAAAAGAGAUGAAGCAGAACGUUGCAUGUACCUACCCAAUGGUAUGGAGCGCCAAUUGAUUUUGAGGCUUGGUUUCGAUGCUUUAAAGCACGUGAUGGUCGAGGAACGAUAUGAUAGUUUGGGAGCACGAAAUGUUGUCAAUAGACGUUUUAUAAAUGCUAUUCUUAACAUACCAGAGGAAAUUUUGCACUGGGACUACGAUGCUCGAUGUAGAUAUGUAGAAAUGACAAGGGAAGGCUCAUAUAAAACACAUAGAGCCCGUGCAAUGCUGGUCGGAUGUGCAGGAGCAGGAAAAACUACUCUUCUCAAAAGGCUACGGAAACAAAGAUUAGAGGAAUUAAAUCAAACACGAUCUACGAAAGGAUUGGACGUACACACAGAUAUAUUUGAAAUAGAUGAAAAUGCGAAACGCCUGAAGGGUGAGUAG